UUUCCCUCACUCUUGCGAUAAUUUCUUUUGUUGAUGAAGCUCUCCUUCUUCUUCAAACGGCAUUGCAGCUCUCUCACUCCUCUCAAUCCCAAAAACACCAAAACCACAUCGAUCAAAGAAUCCCAAAUCCUCUAUCUGUGCAAGCUCGGAGCGCUUCCCGAUGCGCUUCGACUCCUAAACUCCACAAAUUACGGCGACAUCUCGGUCAAACCAGUCCUGUAUGCUUCACUCCUACAAACGUGUACUAAAGUCCUUUCUUUCAACCAUGGCCUCCAAAUCCAUGCCCAUGUUGUUAAGUCCGGCCUUGAGACCGACCGUUUCGUCGGAAAUAGCUUACUUGCUCUUUAUUUUAAAUUAGGUCGUGAUUUUUCGGAGACUCGGAGAGUUUUUGAUGGUCUAUUUGUUAAGGAUGUGAUAUCUUGGACCUCUAUAAUAUCGGGGUAUGUUCGGGCUGGAAAGCCUGGGGACUCGCUUGAGUUUUUCUGGAAGAUGUUGCUUUUCGGGGUUGAGCCAAAUGGGUUCACUAUAUCUGCAACGAUCAAGGCCUGUUCAGAGCUUGGAUAUUUGAGGCUCGGGAGGUGCUUUCAUGGGAUGGUUGUGAGAUGUGGGUUUGAUUCGAAUUAUGUCAUUUCUAGUGCUUUGAUUGACAUGUAUGGGAGGAACUAUGAAUCGGGAGAUGCACACCGGCUAUUUGAUCAGUUGCCUGAACCGGAUGCUAUAUGUUGGACGUCGCUUAUUUCGGCAUAUACAAGAAAUGAUUUGUUCGUGGAGGCCAUGGGUUUCUUUUAUGCGAUGCAUAGAAAUCAUGGGCUGUCCCCUGAUGAAUUUACGUGUGGGACUGUUUUGACUGCUUGUGGUAAUUUAGGGAGGUUAAAGCAAGGUAAAGAGCUGCAUGCUAAGGUUAUUACUUCUGGACUUUGUGGAAAUGUGGUUGUUGAGAGCAGCCUUGUGGACAUGUAUGGAAAAUGUGGGUCGGUAGAUGAAUCUCGGCUUGUUUUUGACAGGAUGCCCAAAAGGAAUUCAGUUUCUUGGUCUGCAUUGCUUGGAGUAUACUGUCAAAAUUCAGACUUUGAAUCUGUCAUUAAACUAUUUAGGGAAAUGGAAGAGGUUGAUCUUUACUGUUUUGGAACUGUCCUUCGUGCAUGUGCAGGUUUGGCAGCAGUACGACUAGGGAAAGAAGUACAUUGCCAGUAUAUGAAAAGGGGUGGUUGGAGGGAUGUCAUUGUAGAAUCAGCCUUAGUUGGUCUUUAUGCUAAAUGUGGUUGUAUCAGUUUUGCAUUUAGGAUUUUCAUGCAGAUGCCAGUGAAAAAUUUGAUAACUUGGAACUCAAUGAUUUGUGGGUUUGCUCAAAAUGGAAAAGGUGAGGAAGCUCUUAGAAUUUUUUAUGAGAUGAUUAAGGACGGAAUAAAGCCUGAUUACAUUAGUUUUAUUGGGGUUCUCUUUGCUUGUAGCCAUACAGGUUUGGUUGAUCAAGGAAGAAAAUAUUUUAUCUUAAUGACCGAGGAAUAUGGGAUUAAAGCUGGAAUUGAGCACUAUAAUUGCAUGGUUGACCUUCUAGGCCGUGCUGGCCUACUUGAAGAAGCUGAAAAUUUGAUAGAGAAUGCAGAAUUUAAAAAUGAUUCAUCUCUUUGGGCAGUACUUCUCGGUGCUUGCACUACAUGUACGAACUCCAUAACUGCAGAGCGCAUUGCUAAGAAAAUGAUCGAAUUGGAACCUGGCUACCACUUGAGUUAUGUUCUUCUAGCUAAUGUUUACAGAGCAAUAGGACGAUGGAAUGAUGCCUUGGAGAUUAGGAGGUUGAUGGAAAAUAGAGGGGUUAAAAAGAUGGUAGGUAGGAGCUGGAUUGAAAGUAACAGAAACUUGAGUUCUCAUCUUGACGUGGGUAGUUUCAUUAUUCCUGGAAAUAAUAAUUCUUCUAGUGCGGGGGAGUUUGUGUGAUGGUAAGAAGAAAUGAGGUUUUGUGUUUCAUGUUCAAGGCUGAUGGAAUGGCCUUGAUCAAACAGAAGGGAUUUUCCUUUCACCUUCCCUCACGGAAUGCUAUUGGAUAAGCCAGAAUAACACAAGAUGUGUGGAAGAUGAAACUUGGUAACUAUGGGAGCAAUUGCAGACCUCCAUGCUUAACUUUCUGCGGUGAGAAAAACAGUAGGAUGCUCAUCUUUCGGUAUUUUGAGAAGUUGGGAUUAUGGCUUAAUUUCUUCUGAAUGGUUUAGUGAGCCUUUGAGACUAGAAUUUCACGUUCAAUUCACUGUUAGAUAUAUCUGGAUGAUCUUAUUAUGACACUCAUGGAAGGACAAGACACCGGUUAGCUGACUUUGUGGCAUCUAAAACUACAUCAGAUUUAAUCCUUCAAUUUUGUCAAUGAAUCAUCCAUUUUUGUCUAUUGCAAUCAAUGUCACUUUUUAUAUUUUGCAUACAAGUUUAAAUGCGUAUUUGUAUCUUUCAUGCCCUUAUUAAUAAACAAAA